AAACAAACUUAACGUGAUUUGAGAACGUUGUGCGCCAUUCCGUCACUUCUGCGGGCGCCAAACUAACUAAAGCAAAAAUUCACUAAAAAACAACAUUGAAACGCAGUUUAUAAAAUACAACUCACGAGUGUAUUGUGUAACUGGGAACUAGCCUCUAUAAGAAGGUGAAACUACAAACUGAACAUCUGGAGAGGAAUACCUGACAUCAUCCUAUUAUUGUUGCGUCCACUGUUUGUUCGUUCUUGCCAUUAAUCAGAGCUAGGCUCUUUUGGAGGAUACGCCUCACACCCACCAUUUCCACUACCGAUCAAAAAACACUCAUUCAAUUCAUUGAUCGAACAAGUAAAGAAGAAGCAUCAAGAUGUUCAUCGAAGACGAUGCGCAAAUGGACAGCUUCUGGGUGCAGAGCGCUAUUGGCGCGAUCAAGGCGAUCGCCUUCGUGUACGACAUCAUCACCCUUCCGGUUUACUUGGUGCUGCAAAAGCCCUGGAAACGCCGCCAGGACUCGCGCCGAGUGAAGGCCAAGCCCAUUAACCAGAAAAUGUUGGUCGAUGAGUCCAAGUACGCGCCGGAUGACAUAGAGGCAAAGAUCGUGCGGAACGAUGACAAUGAGCUGACCUACCGGACCACGGACCCGCCACGGGAUGUCCAUGUGAAGAUGUUGCAGGAGAACAUCGACACCCUGGAGAAGGUAUUCAACUAUGUGGCCAAAACUUAUACGUCGAAGCGUUGUCUGGGCACCCGGCAGAUACUCAGCGAGGAGGAUGAGGUGCAGCAAAACGGACGAGUCUUCAAGAAGUACAACCUGGGUGACUACAAGUGGAAGACGUUCACCGAAGCGGAGCGCACGGCGGCUAAUUUUGGGCGCGGUCUGCGAGAACUUGGCCAGAAACCACGCGAGAACAUUGUCAUCUUUGCCGAGACGCGAGCCGAGUGGAUGAUUGCUGCCCACGGAUGCUUUAAGCAGGCUAUGCCCAUCGUCACCGUCUAUGCAACAUUGGGUGAUGAUGGAGUUGCUCACUGCAUCACUGAAACGGAAGUCACCACGGUUAUCACCUCCCAUGAUCUGCUUCCCAAAUUUAAGACGCUGCUGGACAAGUGCCCACUGGUGAAGACCAUUAUCUAUAUUGAGGAUCAGCUGCAAAAGACGGAAACUACUGGCUUUAAGGAGGGCGUCAAGAUCCUGCCAUUUAACCAAGUUGUCAAGACCGGGCAGGACAGUAAAUUUGAGCACGUUCCACCCAAAGGUGAUGACAUUGCCAUUAUCAUGUACACUUCCGGUUCCACUGGCACACCAAAGGGUGUCCUGCUCUCCCACAAGAACUGCAUUGCAACAAUGAAGGGCUUUGUUGACAUGGUGCCUAUCUAUCCGGAUGAUGUUCUGAUCGGAUUCCUGCCCCUGGCUCACGUUUUUGAAUUGGUUGCAGAAAGUGUGUGUCUUAUGACCGGCGUUCCAAUAGGCUACUCGACGCCUCUGACCUUGAUCGACACUAGCAGCAAGAUCAAGCGCGGUUGCAAAGGCGAUGCCACUGUGUUGAAGCCCACCUGCAUGACAUCGGUGCCGCUGAUACUGGAUCGCAUUUCCAAGGGCAUUAACGACAAGGUUAACUCUGGCUCGGCGUUCAAGAAAUCACUCUUCAAAUUCCUUUACCAGUACAAAGUCAAGUGGGUGCAGCGGGGCUACAAGACGCCGCUGAUUGAUAAACUGGUGUUCAAAAAGGUGGCAAAGCUUAUGGGUGGUAAAGUGCGCAUAAUCAUGUCCGGUGGAGCGCCUCUCUCUGCAGACACACAUGAGCAAAUAAAGACCUGUCUGUGCCUGGAGCUAAUUCAGGGCUAUGGUCUUACGGAAACUACGUCUGGAGCCACUGUCAUGGACUACCGCGAUAUGACCUACGGACGCACUGGAGGACCAUUAACUGUCUGCGACAUCCGUCUAGUCAACUGGGAAGAAGGCAACUACCGCGUCACAAAUAAACCUUAUCCCCAGGGCGAGGUUCUUAUUGGCGGCGAGUGUGUCUCUCAGGGAUACUACAAGUUACCGGGCAAGACCAAUGAAGAUUUCUUUGAGGAGGAUGGACAAAGAUGGUUCAAAACCGGCGACAUUGGCGAAAUACACGCUGAUGGCGUACUUAAGAUUAUUGAUCGUAAGAAGGAUCUUGUUAAGCUGCAGGCCGGCGAAUAUGUCUCUCUUGGCAAGGUUGAAUCUGAGCUUAAGACUUGCGGAAUCAUAGAGAACAUUUGCGUAUACGGAGAUCCGACAAAGCAGUAUACUGUGGCACUGGUCGUCCCUAACCAAAAUCAUUUGGAGGAGCUGGCACAGAAACAUGGCCUCGGAGACAAGACCUUCGAAGAGCUGUGCUCAUCACCGAUCAUAGAGAAGGCUAUUCUCAAGGAAAUUGCUGAGCAUGCGCGGAAAUGCAAAUUGCAAAAAUAUGAGGUUCCCGCCGCCAUCACACUGUGUAAGGAGGUCUGGUCUCCGGACAUGGGACUGGUAACCGCCGCCUUCAAGCUGAAGCGCAAGGAUAUCCAGGACAGAUAUCAGCAUGAUAUUAACCGCAUGUACGCCUCAUGAAAGUCAAUGUACUAAGUUAAAGGUAUCAGAUGCAGCAACGACAACAACACGCAGACAUUAAAGCAGCAGCAAUGAAGCUAGUGUGUACUAAUUGUUUUUAGUAGCACCCCACACAGAAUAAGCAUGCAUACAAAAUCCAAAACCAACCUAGCUUAAGUCCUAAAAGAUCUAAAUGCCAAGCAACACAUGCAGGAAAUUGAUUAGUCACAUUGCGCAUGUAAAGACAGAAUGUUCCCAUUUACCUUUUGCUUUUGUUAUAUCAUAUUUGCUAGAAAUCGAAAAUUGCUCGUUUCCAUUUUAAUAAAGUUCGUCAAAGACUUGUUUGGUAGAUAGCUGCAGCUGGGUUUGGUUUGGAAUUGCGCUGUGAAUGUGCUAGGAAUGCUGUUGAGCAGAUCGACAAUGAUUAAUGGUAAUGAUAACUGAAUGCCGAUGAUGAGAAAGAAUAUUGUAUACUGUACAGUUUUCGGUUUAUAGUACAUUUUGUGGCAAAUUUAUAUUGCAGAAAAAUACUUAUUUUUAUAUUAAGCUUAAGUGGUUGCCUAUUAAUUAUGUAAAUACGAUAUACACAUAAAUAUAAAAGUAUAUAUGUGUAAAAUAAAUCUAAUUUUUAGUGUACUUCUCUAUGCUAAGUUAAAUGUAUGGAAUUCUUGAAAUAAUGAAAUGUAGACAGCAGAAAUGAAAGCGACUUGAUUAUGAAUUAAAAGCCACAACUGAAAGUAAAAA